CAUCAUGUUGGUUAGUAUAUACUUAGUUGUACCACCAUGUGUUUGAGUGUACAGACUGGGACAUCACUCAUGGAUGAUUAAAUAGUGUAAUGCUGGCAGGGAACCAAGCAGCUUAGUGAAAAAAGAGUAAACAACAAUAUUUAGAGCAUAGAAACCUGGCAGACUCUCCUUACUGGCACAACACGCAUGGGUGUCCAAGGUGUGGCGCAGGGGCUAUAUGUGGAACGUGGCUCAGUGUAGAAAUAAAAUAAACCAAAGCACAGCAAAAGUUGAAAAAUAGAGCAGAAAGGCAUAAUAUAACUAGAAAAAGCUAAAAUAUUGAUGAUGAUAAUAACUAAUGAAAACACAAACAUUUUUAAAAACACUUUAUAAAUUGAUGUAUGUUUUUUUUCCAACUAUAAAAGGACAGUUGGACAGCCCUGAUGUAAAUAGACAAGAAAUACAGUGAAUUGUGCUAUUAUAUAUUAUCAUAACAGUGGUUUAUUUGGUCUAAAAAAUGUUGACAUUUUUUUCAUUGUACUUGAAAAAAAAAAGUAUAUUAAAAUCUCAUCUCGUCUUGUAAAGGGACCCAAUCUCGUGCAUCGUCUAGUCUCUUGAGGUAGGUGUCUCGUGACACCCCUAUUAAUUAAUAUUAGGGCUUUCAAAUGAUAAAAAAUUUGAAUCAGAUUAACCAGUUUUUAAAUUAAUUAAUCAUGAUUAAUCACCAUUGGCAGUUAUGAAAUAUGCCAAUUUUUACUGUAUUUAAUUAGCAGAAAGAUAAAUGACAAGACAGGAUUAUACUGUAUUUGUAUGUAUUAACAGCUUCAAAGCUGUCAAUCAAGCUAAAAGAUACCACACAAGUCUAUAAAUCUAUUGGUCUAACACUGGUCUUGUUUAAUAGUAGCAGAACAUUUGAAUCACACCUUAAACAUUAAACACAAAUGGGAGAGUUUUCCCACAAAUUAAAAAAGUUGUUGUUUUUUUUAUAGCUAAGGCUACAUAUUGGAGCUGCCACCACUGCUGCUGUGUUUUUAGUUUUGACUUUGGAAAAGUUAACACUAGGUGUAGUGUUCAUUUCUAUGUUGCGAUGUGAAAUCAGUGCGCCCAGAAAGGACGUUCCAGUAACAGCGACCGAAAUUAACCUGACGCAAGACGCUAAAUGCGUGCAAAAACUGUCAUAAUCGUGCAGAUUUUCCAUCUAAGACGAAUUAUUUUGCGUUUCAUCGGGUCAGUUUGGUCACGGGAAUAAGGGCGCAAUAUAAUUUGCGAAAACCAAAUUGCGCUGGGAAGCACGGUAUUACGGCCAUGGUGCGUAUGAAAGUAGAUCUCCGAUUGGUCGUGAGACAUAUUCCCAUCCAAUCACGAUCUGUGUUGCAGCAGAUCGUCAUUUGCUGUUGGAAACAAAUAUGGUGGUCCUGCUGCUGUUUUAGCUGGCGAUCUGCAGACUGAACACGAUGAUUAUUAAGUAUUUUGCCAAGGCGGACUCAUGUCACUCGGAGCGGCACAACAAGAACAACCCUCCGAAAAAACAAAAAACAACGGCCGAUGACUUGGAUAAGCCCGCGGUUUCUCAGUUGGCCUCAACCUUAGCAAGCCCCUCCACAGGCGCCAAUGACAGUUCCUGGACGCCGACGCUGGAAAGCUGUCAACUGAUGACCUGAAUGCGCUGAUCGCCCAUGCACACCGUCGCAUUGACCAGCUCAACCGAGAGCUGGCUGAGCAGAGAGUGAGGGAGCAGAUCCACAUUGAUGCGGCUUUGGAGCAACAGAAGAUGGAGCACCUGAAAGCCCAUGAAGAAAGCAUCAAUACGUCCCUACAGCAUAUCAAGGAGGAGGCCAGGCUGGAAAAGGAGAGGAAGCUGGCUGAAUUGAGGGAAGUGAUGGAGGCAGAGAUGAGGACUCAACUUCGGCGUCAGGCAGCUGCUCACACAGACCACGUCCAAGAUGUUCUCAAAGUGCAGGAGCAGGAACUGAAAGCUGAAGCUGAGCAGGUCCUAAGCAGUAAGCUGUUGGAACAAGAGACUCGCUAUCGUCAACUGAGCCAGGAGCAGCUGGAUAACUUCACUUUGGAUAUGAACACUGCCUAUGCAAGACUCAAGGGAAUGGAGGAGGCCAUCGACAGUCACGUGGUUGCAGAGGAGGAGGCCCGUAAAGCCCACCAGCUGUGGCUCAGCGUGGAGGCUCUCAACUACACCUUGAAGACGGCAGAUGCUGCCUCCCCCACAAAGCCACUAGAGGGCGCCGCUCAGGCGGUGCGAGACAGUUGCCAUGACAACACCUUCGCCUUGGCUCUGGCUUCAGCGAUUCCCCAAGAAUCUCUGGAGCGUGGCGUCUACAGCGAGGCCUCUCUUCGUGCACGGUUCUAUGGUCUGCGCUCGCUGGUUCGCAGGGUUGCCCUGAUCGACGAAUCUCACAACUCUUUGUACCAGUACUUCCUGUCCUACCUGCAAGCUGCAAUGCUGUUUGAGGAUAAGCAGGAAGUACCCCCUAACCAGCUAAACAGUGAGGAUUUAGACCCGUUCAAGCUGCUGUCGUAUGCCAGCUAUUGCCUGGAGCAUGGCGAUCUGGAGUUGGCAGCUAAACUGCUCAACCAGCUGACAGGAGAGGCCAGAAGAGUGGUGGAGGACUGGCUUCAUGAAGCCAGACUCACCCUGGAAACCAGACAGGCGGUCAAUUUGUUGUCUGCUUAUGCUAACGCUGUAGGCCUAGGAACCACACAGGCUCCAUAGGCUCCACUUCUGACCCUAGAAAAUUCAGUAUCGUACAUUUGCUUUUCCACACCGAGUUAAUUGCAGAGAUUUUCAAUCAUGGAUGCUCAACCACUUAUUUAUUUGUUCUCUGCUCAAGUGUCAUUCACUCUAACCUUGUUUAAAGAAUAGAUCUUUUCUCAAUAAUGCACAUCACAAUAAAUCAUUAGAAAGUGGAAAUUGUUCC